AUGUUUUCCCUACCAUCUUUCAUUUUGAGCGACGAAUCUAAAGAACGUAUUGCUAAAGUCUGGACUUUAACCAAUUCUGCUGCUCAUUAUGGUUGGAUUCCAUUUAUUCUAUAUCUAGGUUGGGCCAACACAGCUAAUAAACCAAAUUUGUUUAAUUUGUUAUCGCCAUUACCAAGUAUUUAA